CGGGCGGGGGAGAAGUGCAAGAGUCUGCGCCGAGCCAGGCUGGCUGCGCGCGGGUAUAAAGUGCUGCGAAACAUCCUGGGCUCUCUGGUCCUGGCAACACCGACAGACUGUCCCGGGAGAAGGAGGAGGGGAAAAGCUCGGCUCUUCCCGCGCUCCCGCUCGAGGCCUCGGCAGACCUACCCCGUGACCAGCGUUCGGCCUUCCGAGGAGCUCGGCCCGCGCGGGAGGGCGGGGGCGUCGCCGACCUGAGCGUUACCACGCAGACAGAGUUUCAAGCUGUUGCCCUGGAUAGAGUGCCCUGGUAUCAUAGCUCACAGCAACCUCCCACUCAGACCCAAGCAAUCCUCUUGCCUCGGUUUUCUGUUUUUUUAAAGUAGAGACGGGGUCUCACUUUUGCUCAGGCUGGUCUCGAACUUGUGAGCUAAAGCAAUCCACCCGCCUUGGCCUCCCAGAGUACUAGGUAAUACAGGCAUGAGCCACCUAGCCCUGCACUUUUAUGUUUUUCAUAAGCUGGUAUUUAAGGAAGAAAACUUGACAGUUAACGUACGUCUUGAAUUCUAAUGAACCUUUCUGCUGUGGCAUUGUGGCUCUACAGGACUUACCUGCCCCUGGCUCCCCAAGUCAGAGGAAACACUCUGGUGGAGACCUCCUCCCACAGAACCAGAGAUGGCCUCCGUGGAUUUCAAGACCUAUGUGGACCAGGCCUGCCGAGCUGCUGAGGAGUUUGUCAACGUCUACUAUACCACCAUGGAUAAGCGGCGGCGUUUGCUAUCCCGCCUGUAUAUGGGCACAGCCACCCUGGUUUGGAAUGGAAAUGCUGUUUCAGGACAAGAAUCCUUGAGUGAGUUUUUCGAAAUGUUGCCUUCCAGUGAGUUCCAGAUUAAUGUGGUAGACUGCCAACCUGUUCAUGAUGAAGCCACACCAAGCCAGAUCACAGUUCUUGUUGUGAUCUGUGGAACGGUGAAGUUUGAGGGCAACAAACAACGGGACUUCAAUCAGAACUUCAUCCUGACUGCCCAAGCCUCACCCAGCAACUCCGUGUGGAAGAUUGCAAGUGACUGCUUCCGGUUCCAAGACUGGGCCAACUAGUGGGGACAACAGAGGUCUCUGCUUCAGCCCCAACUCUGUAGAGAGAGACAGGUCUCAAAUGUCAAAUGUGGGGAUGUAGGGAACACAGAUGCAUUUCUGUUAUUGCGGGGGCACUGCAAGACUGCGCUGUGCUGAGACUGAACUCUUGGAGUUGCUCAAGUUCUAGGGGCCCCAUUCUUGAGUAUACUUGUUUGUCAUAGAUUCCUUUUAAAAGUAGUAAACUUUUGUAUUUUUCUACUUGUCCAGUGAAGCCCCUGAUUCUGGAAAUUCUGACAAAUAAUACAGUCAUACAAAUGUUGCUUCUU